AUGUCAAGAAAAGGAUACGACAUGACCGGCGCUGCGAAGGGCCGCCCUCGUUACACUCCCAACCCUAACGAUGGCAGUGCUUCUGGCAGAGCGGCUGCUGAUACUACGGCUUCGAACGACAUUGGCAACGGGAUGGGCCAGAUAUACAACGGUGCUGCUGCCCAGAUCAGACGAACGACAAGCACGGAACCUGCCCCUUCCACUUCAUACGAUAUCAAGCCACGACCCGAACUGUGGGCGGAAGCUAGUAGUAUAGCGACUCGAGCUAUUAGGAUGGCGACACGGAAACUUGGACCCCCCGAACUGCAUCUCAAGAUCGCGCGACGCUGGUGGUAG